CGAUAUCUCGCGAGAACAUGAGCGGGAGGCGGGGCUCAGGCGCCAGGGGCGGGGCCGGCGAGGGCGGCCUUCGGAGGGUCCGCUAGUCGCGGCGCAGCGGUGGCGGCGGCUGCGGGCGCUAGGUUCUCAGCGCGAUGCCCCGGCUCUGCAGGAAGCUGAAGUGAGAGGCCCGGAGAGGGCCCAGCCCGCCGGGGGCAGGAUGACCAAGGCCCGGCUGUUCCGGCUGUGGCUGGUGCUGGGGUCGGCGUUCAUGAUCCUGCUGAUCAUCGUGUACUGGGACAGCGCGGGCGCCGCUCACUUCUACCUGCACACAUCCUUCUCCAGGCCGCACGCAGGGCCGCCACUGCCCACCCCCGGGCCGGACAGAGACAGGGAGCUCACGGCCGACUCCGAUGUCGACGAGUUUCUGGACAAGUUUCUCAGUGCCAGUGUGAAGCAGAGCGACCUUCCCAGAAAGGAGACGGAGCAGCCACCCGCCCCGGGGAGCAUGGAGGAGAGCGUGAGAGGCUACGACUGGUCCCCGCGGGACGCCCGGCGCAGCCCCGACCAGGGCCGGCAGCAGGCGGAGCGGCGAAGCGUGCUGCGGGGCUUCUGCGCUAACUCUAGUCUGGCCUUCCCCACCAAGGAGCGCGCAUUUGACGACAUCCCCAACUCGGAGCUGAGCCAUCUGAUCGUGGACGACCGGCACGGCGCCAUCUACUGCUAUGUGCCCAAGGUGGCCUGCACCAACUGGAAGCGCGUGAUGAUCGUGCUGAGCGGGAGCCUGCUGCACCGCGGCGCGCCCUACCACGACCCCCUGCGCAUCCCACGCGAGCAUGUGCACAAUGCCAGCGCGCACCUGACCUUCAACAAGUUCUGGCGCCGCUAUGGGAAGCUUUCCCGCCACCUCAUGAAGGUCAAACUUAAGAAGUACACCAAGUUCCUCUUCGUGCGUGACCCCUUUGUGCGCCUCAUCUCCGCUUUCCGCAGCAAGUUUGAGCUGGAGAACGAGGAGUUCUACCGCAAGUUCGCUGUGCCCAUGCUGCGGCUGUACGCCAACCACACCAGCCUGCCCGCCUCAGCGCGGGAGGCCUUCCGCGCCGGCCUCAAGGUGUCCUUCGCCAACUUCAUCCAGUACUUGCUGGACCCGCACACCGAGAAGCUGGCGCCCUUCAACGAGCACUGGCGGCAGGUGUACCGCCUCUGCCACCCAUGCCAGAUCGACUAUGACUUCGUGGGGAAGCUGGAGACGCUGGACGAGGACGCCGCGCAGCUGCUGCAGCUGCUCCAGGUGGACCAGCGCCUCCGCUUCCCCCCAAGCUACCGGAACAGGACCGCCAGCAGCUGGGAGGAGGACUGGUUCGCCAAGAUCCCCCUGGCCUGGAGGCAGCAGCUAUACAAACUCUAUGAGGCCGACUUUGUUCUCUUCGGCUACCCCAAGCCCGAAAACCUCCUCCGAGACUGAAAGCUUCCGCGGCAGGUCCUUCCGCUUGUGCCCAGAACCUGCCGCACGUGCGCUCCAGUUUUUUUAUGACCUACAAUUUUACAAUCUGGGCUUCUUGUUUACUCCACUGCCUCUAUCCAUUGAGUACUGUGUCCAUAUUGUUUUUUAAGAUUAAUAUAUUUCAGAUAUUUAAUACGAAACGUGGAAGGGAAUGCUGGAGUAAAAUCUCCCCUCUGCCCGCCAGCUCCUGUGGUUUCUCUGGCUGAGCGCAGCGGCCCCUGGAGGGGAUGCUGAGGCUGAUGGAGCUGCCUCCAGGGCUCCAGCGCUAACAGGUGGAGGGCAGGGCCUGCACUUGAAGUCAGGCCGCACCUGGAUAUUUUUAAAUGGCUAGCCGACAAAUCCUUCAAGAGGGAAAGUUCUUUAAGUGUUGUACUUGAAAAGGUCAAUCUUCAGGGCUUCCUGUUUGAAGUCAAGUCAGAGGUAACCCGGUCAGUUACAGAAGCUGGAUUUCUAACGCCAGUUAUUCCCUUUAGUGUCUAGUUUAAAUCAUGGCAGUUAAGGCCAGGCGGGUGACUCAGGCACGUAAUCCCAGCACUUUGGGAGGUGCAGGCAGGAGGAUCACUUGAGGUCAGGAGUUUGAGACCUGGCCAACAUGGUGACACCUUGUCUUUACU